AGAUAUUAAAAAAUUAUCAAUUAUCAAAAAGUCAUUUAUUUCCAAAUCCACAUACGUACAAAACAUAACAAACCCGCCUGACAUUGACCAUUCCACUGACAAGAAAGGUGUAUUCGUUUGAAACAUGUCUGCAAAGGAAGAGAAGAGCGAUGGGAAAAAGAAAUUCAUGAGAUUAAAAAAAAACAAGAAGGAUAUUUCGUCAUAUAAAAAAGAUGUUGAGACUGAUCUCCAUAAAAUAUCACUGGAGGAGCUUUUGGAGCGGAUGCACACCAACCCGACCACGGGCUUAACUAAAGCGGAGGCGGCAAUUAGACUGGAAGUGGAUGGGCCCAAUAUGCUGACACCAGCCGCAGCGACGCCACAGUAUGUAAUAUUUCUGAAAAACAUGUUUGGCGGAUUCGCCAUAUUGCUGUGGGCUGGAUCUGCCCUGUGCUUUAUUGGAUACUUGAUACAAGCUCAGACCCAAGCCGAUCCGCCUGAUGACAAUCUGUUUCUUGGACUGGCCUUGGCCUUAUUGGUGAUCAUCACUGGCUUGUUUUCCUAUUUCCAGGUUCAUAAGUCAUCGGCCAUUAUGGAUUCGUUCAAGAACAUGGUUCCACAGUAUGCCACGGUUAUUCGAGACAGUGAAAUAAAUACCAUAACCGCAGAUGAGCUCGUAAAAGGCGACAUCGUGGAAGUUAAGUUCGGCGAUCGAGUUCCUGCUGACAUUCGAGUCCUGGAGUCCCAUGGACUGAAAGUGGACAAUUCUUCAUUGACGGGGGAAUCGGAGCCACAGGUUAGAUCUGCCGAAUUCACACAUGAGAAUCCGCUGGAGACGAAAAAUCUGGCCUUCUUCUCAACCAACGUACUCGAAGGCACUUGCCGGGGAGUUGUCAUCAGCACUGGCGAUAGCACCGUGAUGGGUAGAAUAGCCAACUUGGCAGCUGGCUUGGAUGAAGUACAGUCGCCCAUAUCACGGGAAAUAGAACAUUUCAUUCGAUUUAUUACGAUUUUAGCGUGUGUCUUGGGCUUCACAUUCUUUGUCAUAGCGUUAAUUCUUGGCUAUACGUUCAUAGACGCCGUCGUGUUCCUCAUUGGCAUCAUAGUGGCCAAUGUGCCGGAGGGUCUGCUCGUAACAGUCACUGUUUGCCUGACACUGACAGCCAAGCGAAUGGCGUCCAAGAAUUGCCUAGUGAAAAAUCUGGAGGCUGUCGAGACAUUGGGAUCCACAUCGACUAUCUGCUCGGACAAGACUGGCACUCUCACACAGAAUCGAAUGACUGUGGCACACUUGUGGUAUGAUCGGGCUAUCAUUGAGUCUGAUACCACGGAGACCUUUCGAGGGUCAAAGUUCAAUAAGGAGGAUCCCUCCUUCAAUGCGCUUCUGUUGUGCUCAGCUCUUUGCAAUUCGGCCGAUUUCAAGGGAGGCCAAGAGGACAUACCGAUUCUCAGAAAGGAUGUAAAUGGGAAUGCCUCAGAGGCGGCAUUGCUCAAGUUUGCGGAGACUGUCUACGGAGGCAUUGGACCAGUUCGACGAAAGCACUCUAAACUCACCGAAAUACCAUUCAAUUCGACCGAAAAAUAUCAAGUUUCUGUGCACGGCUUUGAGUCGAGUGAUUCCCAUUACAUUGUAGAAAUGAAGGGUGCCCCAGAAAGGAUUUUGGACCGCUGUGAAAAGAUACUAAUUGACGGGAAAACCAUUAAUUUGACGCAAGCCCUGAAGGAAGAGUUCGAGGACGCCUACAUGGAGAUGGGUGGAAUGGGUGAGCGAGUGUUGGGAUUUGCUGACCUCAUUCUCCCGAUGGACCAGUAUCCGCUGGCCUACGAAUUUAGCACUGAGCCCGUUAACUUUCCGCUGGAUAACCUGCGCUUUCUGGGGCUUAUAUCCAUGAUUGAUCCGCCAAGGGCAGCCGUUCCGGACGCAGUAUCCAAGUGUCGAUCAGCGGGAGUGCGCGUAAUUAUGGUGACUGGGGAUCAUCCGAUCACAGCCAAGGCAAUAGCACGGAGCGUGGGUAUCAUAACCAAGCCCACAGCAGAGGACAUUGCCAAGGAACGUGGGGUGGAUAUUCACGAGGUGGACCCCCGCACAGCCACUGCAAUCGUAGUGCAUGGCGGAGAGCUGCGUGAAAUGAAAGCAGAAGAUUUGGAUUCCGUCAUCUACUACCACAACGAGAUCGUAUUUGCGCGUACUUCGCCGCAGCAAAAACUCAUUAUUGUGGAGGCCUGUCAGAGGCGUGGCGAAAUUGUUGCCGUUACGGGCGAUGGCGUCAACGACUCGCCGGCAUUGAAGCGAGCCGACAUUGGCGUUGCCAUGGGAAUCGCUGGAUCCGAUGUUUCCAAACAGGCUGCAGACAUGAUUCUGCUGGACGACAACUUUGCCUCCAUAGUGGUGGGCAUCGAAGAGGGGCGCCUCAUAUUUGAUAAUCUUAAAAAGUCAAUUGCGUACACUUUGACCUCGAAUCUGCCCGAAAUAGUGCCGUUCCUGUUGUUUGUGCUGAUUGAUAUUCCACUGGCUCUAGGCACCAUCGCAAUUCUUUGCAUCGACAUCGGCACUGAUAUGCUGCCGGCCAUAUCCCUGGCUUAUGAGAAGGCCGAAUCAGACAUCAUGUCCCGUAUGCCAAGGGAUCCCUUUGAGGACCGCUUGGUGAACAAAAAGUUGAUCUUUAUGGCCUAUUUACAAAUCGGCGUCAUUCAAACUGUUGCUUGCUUCUUCACAUUCUUUGCCAUAAUGGCCGAGCAUGGAUUUCCGCCUUCUUCGCUCAUUGGAAUUCGAGAGAGAUGGGACUCAAAAGAUGUUGACGACCUAGCGGAUAGUUACGGCCAGGAAUGGACCUACAGAGAACGCAAGGAGCUUGAAUACACAGCCAGCACGGGAUUUUUCGUUUCAAUUGUAGUGACUCAGUGGUGCGACCUAAUAAUCUGCAAAACGCGGCGCAAUUCCAUAAUACAGCAGGGCAUGGGCAAUCAUGUUCUCAAUUUUUCUUUGGUGCUCGAGACUGUUAUCGCCUGUGUGCUGUGCUACAUGCCAGGAAUGAAGAAAGCACUGCGAAUGUAUCCCGUCAAAUUUUUAUGGUGGACCUAUGCUAUACCGUUUGGAGUGCUUAUUAUUCUAUUUGAUGAGGGUCGCCGUUAUCUCAUGCGCAGAAAUCCCGGCGGCUGGGUGGAGCAGGAAACAUAUUACUAGCUAUUGAUUUUAAUAAAUAACCCAAACUCGUAUUAAAA